CUUCUGGCCUAUCAGCUGUCUGUCGGCAAAACAGCUGAUUGUCACCUAUGGCGUGUGAUGUACUCUUCAGACUAAAUAGUCUGGAAGCAAAGCAAAUAAAUAUGUUGAGAUUCCCUAGUUUAUAAACACCUCUGUUUAACAAAUAUGUGCAUUGUAUAAUCUCACACUAAGAUUGAUCUUUAGUGCAUACAAAUAGUAUAGAAUAAAUACCCUAACUACAUUCAACUCCGAAUCUAAUCAAGUAUGAUUGAUAGUGCUGGGUCGGAAGUCUUAACUAUUUUGAACCCUAAGUUAUGCAGCAGUAAUCAAGGUUCAAAUGCUCUCCAAUAUGUAUGCCGGUUCAUUCUGUCUCAGCAGGUCAAAAUCUACGGUGGGAUAUUUGAUUACAUAGAUGGCUCUAAUAUCGAAAGGCAUGAAACUAAUAAAGAUGAGGGAACUAAAGCUCUUACAAUGGCAAGUUCUUACAUCUUAAAUUUUAUCUAUUUAGAACGACUCGCGUAAUGAUUCGUGGCGAAGUCCACAAUUCAAGAAAUCUAUAGCAACCAUCGAAACACUUGUCAUCGGAGAGAAUUGUUUAGAACACUGUGGAGACAAUAAGAUCCCGGUCUGUGUUAUGGAACAAUGGACAGUGAAACUACUCCCUCAAAACUUUUUGAACAGAGGUAUCUCGAUUUCUGGUUGUCAGCUUGAGCUCUUGGACUUCAUAGAAAAAUCCCCUCUAAUGACUGCAAUUAAAGACCUCAAUCGCGUUCGCAAAUAUAAGCUAACACACAGAUCUUAUGCACGUGACCCUGUUUCUUGUAUAGGUGAUUCAUUUCUUAUGAAUGCAUCAGAUUUAUUGAAUAUGGACUUCACUUCUGAUGAUCGAGAUAUGUAUGAUCAGUCAUUCUUAACUGAAGAUGGUUGUUGUUAUGAAAGUGCCUCAACUACGGUUUCGAAAACUGCCCACCAGAAUGGAACUGAAUGCACUGUUACACGAGAUUUCACACCUUUAUCUGUUAACGAAAAAACACUCCUACAAAUUAGUGUUGUAACACUAAAACAUCCACCUCAGCAACCUCCGUCGUGUCCAUUUUGUCUUCGCUCAAUAUGUACAGUAAACAAAGAUGAUUUCGUUAUGCCUGGUCGUAACAAACGUAUUUCACCGUCAAAAACCCUCACAGAUAUCAAUAUUUGCUCAGCAGAUGAUGCAUUCAUAUUACCUGCAAUACAGGGAAAUGUUAAUGUCCAUCAGCGGAAUUUUCUGAACUGUUCUAAAGAAUCUGAUGUAGAAACUAGUCGAAGUCCUGUUGUUAUAAUGGACUCUGAAGAAGCUAUUUUUCAGUCUUCAUAUGACAAUCUCUUCAACGACAUCCUAUCAUCCAGUUCUUCAGGGAACUGCACAGAGUCAGGUCACUCAACGUUAACAAAGAAGUCAACUCGUGUUGUCGAGUCUAAUCGGGUAUCACAAAUGCCUUUAGAACCACCUCCCCGUAAACAACAGCGUGUCAGUGAUUAUACCCGUGAUUUUACCACUGAAAACCAAGAGUUAGAUAAUACCAGUCAGGUAUCCACUUCCGUCACCAACACCCCUACUAUAACUCCAAGUAUUCAACGUGAAGGUUGCAUCAAUAAGGUUAUUGCGGAAUUCACUAUGCUUAAUGUUGAACGCAAUCAAAGUAUAACUUCUGUUGAACAUCAGAAUUCUUGUAAUCUUGGUGUAAUGCGCCUACCGACAGAUGAUCUGUGUUCAAGGGAAACUGUUCAAGACAACAGGAAAAAACAGGAGCACAUUUUAGAAUCGCAUUUAAAUGCAAGCAAAAAGAACUCACCGAAUGCUGAUUUUGAUUCGGUAUCAAGAUUGAGCAGGAGACGCAAUGCUGCUUCUGCAUGUGCUUGGCCUUCAUUUCACAAUGAAGGAACUCCUUUCUUCAAUCGUCGAACAGGUUUACCUUUGCAGUCAUCUCCAGUACCUCUCAAAAGAAGUACAAGUGGAAAGUUCGAUUUUGAUUCGUCGUUUAGCCGUUUGAAAACGUCUCGAAGUUCUAUUUGUAUGGUCUACAAUCAUAACUUAAGAAGUUCCAGUGAAAUCGCCGAUAGCUAUGCUAAAGGAAAUCAGUCAGUAGAAAAGACUUCUGAGUUGAAAAAUACAAAGUCGGAUUCUGGAGUCAAUAACACUGUUCCUGUCAAUAUUAUUACUAGUACAAUUGACAGUACUGAUAGUAAUGAUAGCUGUGGUACAAAAAUUGGUUCUUCUAACAACAAUAAUGAUAGCAACAACAACAGCAACAGUAAGCCAAAUCAGAGUGUUUCAUUUCGUCGUCGACCAGCCAGUUUACGAUUCACUCCUCAGCAUCAAGACCAGUCAGCCGAAGCAGCAUUUGAACGUGGUGCAAGUAGCCGGUUGACAGUAGCUGCAAGACGACGUAAUUAUCCCGGAGAAAUGGAUUCAAUUGAAUUGAGUUGUAGUGCACCACCUUCGGGAAAUCGUGGUUUUCAAAUAUCUACAAGUUUAACUGAUCGAUUGGCUAACACCAUGGCUUGUACACCUGUACCACAUGGUAGUUCACAGCAUUUAUUGGUUAAUUUCGAAGAAAGUAUGCUCAAUGGCAGAAUACAUCCAGUUGGUCAAGUUGAAGGCUUUUCUUUAGAACUGGGCGCCAGUGGUUCAUUCUACCCAAAUCAUGUUCGCCUUCCUAUGAAAGCCUACUUCUUUGACUUGUCUGAUGAUAAUGCUCCAUCCCCCUAUCUUGGCUAUGCUGAUCUAAGACAAUUGCCUAACAAUAAGGGUUAUCAUAUACCGAAAAAAGGUUCAAUUCAACUGACCUUAUUCAACCCGACUGGUCUGGUGGUCAAAAUGUUUGUCAUUGUAUAUGAUUUAGACGAUAUGCCACCGAAUUGUCAAACCUUUUUAAGACAACGCACAGUCUAUAUGCCAAUACAACAGAAUCAAUACCCGAUCUCGGAGCCACCGACUGUCUCAUCUCUUUCUCCGACUUCUUUGUCAACUCCAUCUACUUGUCAACAUCAUCAUAAUUCAUAUAAUCGUGCGUAUAAUCCAGUUCGUCAUCAGUAUACACGUACGUCUACGGAUUAUCUAACUCCUGCUACGCAUCCUGCUACAACUACUGCUGGUUCCACCUUUGCGAAUGGUUCAACUGAUCUUUUCUGGAGUAGUACACCGCAUAAAUCGUUAACUGAACCAAAUACCCCGUUGUUUUCUUCAUCGCCUUCAUGUUCCUGCUCAUCAAUAUCAUCUGUGUGCUCAUCAAGUCCUUAUGGUUCACAAAGUGCUGUGUAUCCGGGUACACCGAAUUCCCGCAAUGAACUACCUGCAUAUCUGCGUUACCUCGUUCAUCUAAGAUUUCAUACAACCCGUUCCGGUAAACUAUAUCUACACACCGAUCUACGCUUAAUAUUUUCAAGAGAUAAAUUUGAAUUCGAUCCACGUGUUGCUACCUAUGAACUGCGGUCAUUUGUCGAUGCACCAUCGAAUCCACGUUAUUCACCUAAAAAAUGGUCAACACGUCAUACAUCAACAAAACAUCGGAAAACAUUGAACACAUCUGCCUCCUAGUUAUUUAGUUAGUUAUCCAGUUCACAUUUGAUUCCUCAUUCACAUGUUUUGUUUUGUCUCAAUGCAGAAGCAAAAUCAAUUUGAGCACAAUGGCUGUUUUUAUUUACCCCCCUCCCCCACCUCUUCUGUUGAGAGGAAUGAUGCUGAUUCUCUUUUUGGUGAUGAAAAGAGAUUUCAAGAGUGAUAUAAACUACUAAACUGCCUAUUUUCUUAGACAUACUUAUAUACAAUUUACUUGUUUACAUGUGUUUACUCCUUUGUUUGUUUGUAUGUUUGUUUGUUUGUUUAUUGGUUUGGUUGUUUGUUUAAAUUGUUUAUUUUCCUACUGUGAUACAACCAUUUCCAGUAAAGUAUGUUUAUGCGUUUCUGUUAAUCAGUCACUACCACUCAUUUAUACAGAUAUAUAGACGCAUGCUUACGCACGCGUAGACACACAUACACGCACAAUGAUGCCAUUGUCCAAUUUGCACCUGUGUGUGUUUGAUGAGCCCCUUCUCUACCUGAAGAACAUGUUAAUUUUACAACCAAACUAACUGCCCAACUAACUCACUAACUAUCUGUGAAAUAAUGUCAUAAUGUCUUUCUCUCUAUAUAUAUACACUUGUGCAUAUAUUAUUGUGGUUAGUUCAUUCAUAUGCGCGCCUUUGUGUUUGCAUUAAUUUACGAUACAUUAUACGCAUAAAUAUACACCUAUAUAUGUCAGCUGCUGUAGAGAGACAGAGUAGCAUAGCGAGUGUUUUUACAGGUUUGCGUGUAUGUGUCUGUGUGGAAAGUGACUACUUGCCUAUAUAUUCAAUCCUGGUGAACACAGGAAUUUUUCAAAGUUACAAAGAGUUAUUGAUGUAUUGUACAUAUAUUAACAUUAUCUAUCCCUGUGUCUCUUCUCUCUUAGCUAGCUAUCUUCUCUAUCUUACCUUAACAAUAACAACAACCAAUGGCUACCAUAUAUAUGGGAAUUCCUUUUCAAUGAUUUUUCUGAUCAGCUGAUAAAGUCGUCACACACAUACUACUACUUACUAGUCAUAUUCACCUAUUAAACGAUGUUGCCAAUACUAACUAUACUAAUAUUAAUAACGUUUUUCCUGCC